UCUGCUGGUGCCUGCCUCCUCCAAAACCAUCGCCGUCUUAGACAGUUUCUAGGUAGCACGAGCUACAAAGAGAGAUAGAACUAGAGACAACAUCACAUUUGUUUUGAGUCUUGAGAAAGUCUUAUCGAUUGAUCAAACCCAUUUCAAACACCUACUGGCCUACAUAUACUCUAGUUUCUUGACAAGUUCAUGGUGGAACAAAGAAUGGCCAGGCCUAGGGAGACGAUCGGCGGCAGGGGCGGGGAGACGACGGCGGUGGAGAGGGCGGUGAGGUCCCUCGGCAUGGGAGUUGACAUGGCCGGCGACCUGAGGCUGAGGCACUGCAAGGCUGCAGGAGGAUGCCUCGUCGCCAGGAGCGGCGGGAAGGCGACAGUCACCAUGCCGGGUGUCGGGGUGGUGCUCGACGUGCCGGCCGACGUCAAGUGCAGCAAGGGCGGCCGGACAAGGCUCAGGAGCGACGUGCUCGAGUUCAACAAGAUGACUGAGCUGUUCAACCACCGGAGCUCGGUGCCGGGGAAGAUCCCUUCGGGGCUGUUCAACGCAUCCUUCGGACUGGACGGCGGCUCAUGGGCUCAGGACGCCUCCAGCACCAAGUGCCUUGCGCUCGACGGAUAUUUCAUCUCCCUCCUCGACCUCCGCCUCGACUGCCAGCCCCUCGCCAUCGCCGACCAUGUCAUCGCCGACGUGCCGGACAGCUGGGACCCCCCAGCAAUAGCAAGUUUCAUCGAGAAGUACGGGACUCACGUCGUGGUGGGGGUAAGCAUGGGCGGCCAAGAUGUGGUCUACGUCAAACAGGAGAAGUCGUCGCUGCUACCGGAGUCGGAGAUCAAGGAGCAUCUAGAAAAGCUUGGUGACCAGCUCUUCACUGGGACAUGCACUCUGCGCCCUUCACACUUCAAGUCCAGGGACCACAAGAUUAAGGUCCCUGAGGCCUUCAACGUAUUUGAUGCCCAACAAUCACAUCAGAGACUUGAAGGAAUGACAACUCAAGUCGCAUGCAAAGAGGGUGUGACAGUGAUACACUCCAAGAGGGGAGGGGAUGUCGCUGCGAGGAGCCACGCCGAGUGGCUGCUCACGUUGCCAGCAAAGCCGGAUGCGAUCAACUUCAGGCUUGUGCCCCUGACAUCCCUUCUCAGGGGAGUGGUGGGAUUGGGUUUCCUCUCUCAUGCCAUAAACGUCUACCUGAGAUACAAACCUCCAGUAGCAGACUUGAGGUACUUCCUUGAGUUUCAGCACCACAGGUCGUGGGCGCCCGUGCUCAGUGAGCUACCUCUCGGUUUUUGUUCGAACCGCCUAGGCGCUAGCCAAGCCUUGAACUUCAGUCUUGUGGGCUCAAAGCUCCAUGUCAGCUCAAACCAGGUUAUUGUUCCAAACUUGCCGGUCACUGGGAUGAGACUGCACCUGGAGGGCAAGAAAAACAACAGGUUAGGCCUCCACCUGCAACAUCUGGCAAGCACCCCAACAUUCAUCAAUGCACGACCAGACCAGGCACCGAGAUGGCGAGGAUCUGAGGCGAUCUCCGAUGAACGGUACUAUGAGCCAGUGCAGCGGAGGAUGUUCGCCCAUGUCUGCACCACGCCAGUGAAGUACGAUCCACGUUGGUGCAGCGGGCACCGACGGUCCGCGUACAUCAUAUCCGGUGCGCAGCUGCACGUCAAGGCCCAUGAUUCAACCAACGUUCUGCACCUCAGUCUCCUCUACACCGAGCUGCUAGGGUACACGGUGGUGCAGUCCAAAUGGGAGCACAGCACAGCGAGUCUUCCAGGUAAAGGGACGAGCUUUCUGUCGAAGUCCUUCGCAACAUCUUCAGCUGCUGCUGAGAAAGAUCGGCAAGAUCGGCAGGAAGCAGCAAGAUUUGGCAUUGACUCCGGGGUGUUUGCCCGAGGACCGCCAGUGCCAGUUGGGGACCAGAAGCUGCUCAAGUUUGUGGAUACAUCUCAGAUCACCAUGGGGCCACAGGACGCCCCUGGGUACUGGCUGGCCACAGGUGCAAAGCUUGUUGUUGACAAGGGGAAGAUCUCACUGCAUGUCAAGUUCUCACUGCUGGCUCCAGUUUCUUGACAAGGUGCUCCCAGAAUUGUACAGUGUUCAGCUUCAAAGAUAUACAUAUAAACCAGCUAUAAUGUUAGGCUUCUUAUAAUGCAUUCUUUCGAUUCAUUUUAUGGAGGGAAUCAGACCCGCAUAAAUUCAAUCAGC